UCCUGUUUGGUUUUUUAGAUCCAUUUUGGUUUAUUUUGCUGAUCCAUUCGGGUUUUGCAAGGACACUGAGGGCAGGGCAUAUGCUAGCUAGGCAUUUGCUAUGGCGUAUGCCGACACUGCCUUAAGGGCUUAGCAGAUCCAUAAACCUCAAUCCGCCAUGGCAACCUACAUACAAGCUUCAUUAUCCAUUUCCCUUCGCUUUCUCAUCGUCAUCACGACCCUCUCGCUUUAUGACGCUUCUUUCGCGCGCAGAACUAGUUCAUCAGAAUCAAUCUGUGCCCUGACUCCCCAUCCGGAUUUCUGCAAAUCUGAGCUGCCCAGAAACAGUUCCACGAAUGUAAACGAUUUCGGGAGAGUUUGCAUCCGCCGUGCUUUGUCCAGUUCAAGGUUUUUUCUGUCAAGAGUGAAUUCUUACCUCAAAUCGAACACAUCCUCAUCGCCCAUCACAACCCUUCAUGUGCUUCGAGAUUGCCGCUUCCUCCUCGAUUUGAACGCAAAUUUCUUGUCCGGCGUCGCCAGAGCCGUUGAUUCGGCGAACCGUCUCCCCGAUUCAGCGGCCGACGAUAAUGAAACGAUACUCAGCGCCAUCAUGACUAACCAGCAGACUUGCUGGGACCAGCUCGUCACCACGCCGUCGGCUUCCGCCAUCUCGAACGAGUUCUCUCCCUCUUUGGCCAACGGCAGCCUGUUGUACAGCGUAACCCUAGCGGUGUUCAAGCUCGGCUGGCCCGCCGCUCCUCGGGAACUUACCUUUGCGAACUUCGUCGCCGGGGAAUACCGGGGCGUGAAGGUGAAAAAAGCGGUGGCUGUGAAUCAAGACGGAAGCGGGGACUACCGAACCAUCAACGCCGCGGUUGCGGAUGCGCCGGACAAUGCCAAAUCCGGCGACGGUUAUUACCUGAUUCAUGUGGCGGCCGGGGUCUAUGAGGAAUAUGUUACGAUCGGGAGUAAAAGGAAGUAUGUGAUGAUGAUCGGGGACGGCAUAAAUAAAACCAUAAUUACCGGUAAUCGAAGUGUUGCGGAUGGAUGGACCACUUUUAAUUGCGCAACUUUUGCUGUAAGUGGAGAAGGAUUUGUGGCAGUAAACCUCACAUUCAGGAACACCGCCGGAGCAAUCAAGCACCAAGCAGUGGCAGUCCGAAACAACGCUGAUCUCUCCACGUUCUACAGAUGUAGCUUCGAAGCCUACCAAGACACGCUCUUCGCUCAUUCUCUCCGACAGUUCUACAGGGAAUGCGAUAUCUACGGCACCGUUGAUUUCAUCUUCGGCAACGCCGCUACCGUCCUGCAGAGCUGCAGCAUACACCCGCGCUUGCCAAUGCACGGUCAGUUCAACGCCAUCACCGCACAGGGCAGAACGGACAUCAACCAGAACACGGGAACAUCCAUCCACAACUGCACUGUCACGGCAGCCCCCGACUUGGCGGCAAGCAAUGGCACCACACAGACAUUCUUAGGCCGGCCCUGGAAAGAGCACUCAAGAACGGUGUAUAUGCAGACGUUCAUGGAUGGGUCGAUUAGUCCUGGUGGCUGGUCGGAGUGGACAGGGGAUUUUGCUUUGAGGACGUUGUAUUAUGCGGAGUAUGAGAAUAGGGGUCCUGGUUCAAGUACUGGGAAAAGGGUAAUGUGGCCGGGGUAUCAUCGCAUCAUCAACGCCUCAGAUGCUGCUCAUUAUACAGUGACGCAGUUUAUAGCAGGCCACCGUUGGAUUCCUGCCACAGGGACUCCGUUCACUAGUGGUUUAAUUACAAAUCAAUAAGUCAUUUGCUAUAUUGGCUAUAAUUAAUGUUCUAUUGGACUUGUAUGAGCCCCAAACUAAUACCUAAGUUGCCAACCAAAUAAAAUCACUAUAGGAUUAGCUUGUACUAUGUAUUAUGAGGAGUAUUAUAUGUAGUUUUGUUAUUAUUAUUCUAACUUCGUUUAGAUUGAAA